AUGUCCGCUUUAAGGAAGUUGGCCAAACGUCUGGGCAUAAUUGCCGGUCUGUCAGGUGUCGGUGCGGCAUUCCUACUUGAGGCAGUCCCAAAAAUCAAUGAAGCACGUCGAACGAAGGCAUUACUAUCAAGACCGAAGCCAAACGCAGCCGAAGUGGAGCGAUUUCAGAAACCGUUACCAACACGGGCCGAGAACUUGGAACGCAUGUCUUCCGGCCACAUUUUUGAUGUUUUGGUGAUUGGUGGUGGUGCAACCGGGGCAGGGAUCGCUGUGGAUGCGGCUUCUCGCGGUUUGUCCACGUGUCUAGUGGAGCGCCUUGAUUUCGCCUCCGGUACCUCAUCUCGUUCGACCAAACUAAUACACGGUGGUGUGCGCUACCUGCAAAAGGCUGUGUUCAACCUCGAUUUGGAACAGUUUCGCAUGGUGAAUGAGGCACUUAGUGAACGUGCCAAUCUGAUCGAUAUUGCCCCGCAUUUGGCCUAUCCCCUUCCGAUCAUGCUACCUGUGUACAACUUAACCGCCCUUGGUUUCUUCCACCCAAUAUGGGCCUCCGCGAACUUCAAGGAAGCCUAUCCAGUGACGUGCGUGACACACCCAGGGACAUCAGCUACCACAGUCUGUGGUGCACGUGUCGGAGAUAGUGGAUUCCCAAGUUGA